UCCGCCUCAUUCCCCCAGUUCCCCAAUGGCAGCCGCCGUACUGCAAGAUAUCAAAAAGCAACCUCGCCCGGGUCGGGGCGGGUUCCAGGCCCAUGGGCUAACCGAAGAGGAAGCUCGAGUUCGGGCAAUCGCCGAAAUCGUUAACUCCAUGGUUGAUCUCUCACGGAAAAACCAAACUGUAGACCUAAAUGCAAUAAAAUCUGCCGCAUGCCGCAAGUACGGUCUCGCACGUGCCCCAAAGUUGGUUGAGAUGAUUGCGGCUCUGCCGGAGACUGACCGUGAGGCGCUCUUACCGAAGCUGCGAGCUAAGCCAGUCCGAACAGCUUCCGGAAUCGCCGUUGUGGCCGUCAUGUCGAAACCGCAUCGAUGUCCACAUAUUGCAACGACCGGAAAUAUUUGUGUUUAUUGUCCAGGUGGACCGGACUCUGAUUUUGAGUAUAGUACGCAGAGUUAUACUGGAUAUGAGCCUACUAGCAUGCGCGCAAUUAGGGCCAGAUACAACCCAUAUGUCCAGGCCAGAAGCAGGAUUGACCAGUUGAAGCGGUUGGGUCAUAGUGUAGAUAAGGUUGAGUUCAUCUUAAUGGGUGGUACUUUCAUGUCACUACCGGCAGAUUAUCGCGAUUACUUUAUAAGAAAUCUUCAUGAUGCUUUAUCAGGACACACCUCUGCCAAUGUGGAGGAGGCUGUCACCUACUCUGAGCAUAGUGCAACAAAGUGCAUUGGCAUGACAAUUGAAACGAGACCAGAUUAUUGCCUUGGACCUCAUUUGCGCCAAAUGCUUUCUUAUGGUUGUACACGAUUGGAGAUUGGAGUUCAAAGCACAUAUGAGGAUGUUGCUCGUGACACAAAUAGAGGACACACAGUAGCUGCUGUGGCUGAUUGUUUUUCCUUGGCAAAAGAUGCUGGUUUCAAGGUUGUUGCUCACAUGAUGCCCGAUCUUCCAAAUGUUGGAGUUGAAAGGGACAUGGAAAGUUUCCGAGAGUUCUUUGAGAGCCCAUCAUUUAGAGCAGAUGGCCUUAAAAUUUAUCCUACACUUGUGAUUCGUGGAACUGGACUUUAUGAGCUCUGGAAGACUGGCAGGUACAGAAAUUACGCACCUGAGCAACUUGUGGACAUCGUAGCAAGGAUUUUAGCCAUGGUACCCCCUUGGACUCGUGUAUAUAGGGUUCAACGGGAUAUUCCCAUGCCCUUGGUUACUUCUGGGGUUGAGAAAGGGAACCUUCGUGAGCUAGCGUUAGCUCGAAUGGAUGAUUUGGGCUUAAAAUGCCGCGAUGUUCGAACACGUGAAGCAGGAAUCCAGGAUAUUCACCACAAAAUCAAGCCAGAAGAAGUAGAGCUUGUCCGUCGUGAUUAUAUGGCAAAUGAAGGUUGGGAAACAUUUCUUUCCUACGAGGACACACGACAGGAUAUUCUUGUUGGAUUGUUGCGCUUGCGGAAGUGUGGUCGGAAUGUUACUUGCCCAGAGCUCAUGGGGAAGUGUUCAAUUGUUCGUGAACUCCAUGUGUAUGGAACUGCUGUUCCUGUGCAUGGACGGGAUGCAGACAAGCUGCAACACCAGGUAAUCUAUAUGUAUAGUAAAUUAGUAAUGACUAGAAUUGAACUCUAUAAAAAUGUCUAA